UUCAAAAAGCGGUAAAUACAAAGAUGGCGGCCAGUCACCAGGACCAGAUCUAUCAAAGGCGGCUUGAACUUCAUACAACGGUGUUUGCAGUGGCGUUCUCUCCUUGUGGCAACUAUUUGGCGGCAUGCAACAACUUCGGACAAAUUGCUGUUUUUAGUAUUGUUUCUACUUUGGCACCUGAUGCAUCUUCUGACAAGAAAAGACCCAUAAUAUUUUUUCAGGGUCAUGGUGGCCCAGUUUACAGUCUUAUAUCAACAGACAAAUUUCUCAUCAGUGGUGGUUCAUCUGAAAUACAUGGAUGGCGAUGGGAUGAAAUUCUUGAUAAAACAGAGUCUCCAUCACCUGCCUGGACAUUGCAACCCCCUGCAACUAGGACUUCUCUGGAUGUCCCUGAGACCAAUGCUUUAGCAUUUGCUGAUCAGGAGGACACACUUUUCUCAGGCUGUGGAGACAACAAUAUCUACAUGUGGGACCUGGAAUCAGGAACAUGUAAGAAUACCCUUGUGGGGCACACAGAUUAUGUCCAUUGCCUUAGCCUCAGAACAAAAAGCAAUCAAUGUGUAAGUGGAUCAGAAGAUGGCACUGUGAGAUUAUGGGAUUACAGAAUAAAAGGAUCAAUGACUGACAUGAUAGAACCAGGGAAAAAUGAGGACAUACACAGACCUCAGUUAGGCUCAUGGAUAGGAUGUGUCGCUGUGGAUGAUAGUCAGGACUGGAUGGUCUGUGGUGGCGGCCCUUCUCUUUCUGUGUGGCAUUUGAGAUCCAUGGCAUGUACAAGUGUUUUAAAUACAGCGUCAACCCAACAAGCUGCUCUCUUUCAUGAUGACAUUAUACUGUCGGCUGGAUCAGAACCAAACCUCUUUCACUGGCAACUCAAUGGCGAUCCUAAAGCACAAGUGCCCUGCACUCCAAACUCAGUUUUUGCAAUUCAAGUAAACAGUAAAUCUCCAAAAAAUAAGGUUCUUGCAGUUGGUGGAAGUUCUGCAAAUAUUGAUGUUUUUACAAACUUUGGUUAUAAAGCACUUUCUUUAAAAUUUUCUCAAUAAAUGCAACUUUAGUCUUUUCUUGUCAUUCAGUGUUAAUAAUGAGUGUGAUUUGCAUCAUGGCAACUACAAUUACAUGUUAUUGUUCUCAGCUCUUAUUGUACUAGUAUAGUAUAAUUCAAGGGGCACCACAAUUUGAUUAUGGGGAACCAUAGAUUUUUAUUUAUUUUUAUUUAUUUAUUUUUAUCAAAAGGGUCCACAGGAAUUUGGUCAGAAAAAUUGGGAAAAUCAUUUUUGUGGCAAUAUGAUUGUGUUUAUCACUGUAAGAAACCGCCAGUUUUUAUUUUUUAAUGGUUAGUGGAAAUAUAAACAAUAAACAACUGCAGGGCAUUAAUUGGAUAUUUUGACUCCCUCCUCAGCAGAGGGUAGAAAUGUUGGUUAUAGAAAGCUGCUGUGCUAGGUGAGUGCAGGCACAAAGUCAAAUGGAUCAAUUGGGCGGCAAACCUCUUCCGCGCUGCCAUCACCUUGCACGUAAUCCUGUGCCUGUACUCAUGUCGUUCAUUAUUGUCCUUUUUUCUAACAAGAUAAUUAAGCCAUUUAUGAUGGAUUACUUGAAUGGUCCAUCUCUGGUCUUGCUAGUCUUCUUGACAAGUGUUAGUGAGGAGAAGUGUUAUGUGACAUGGCUAAUAAUGGCUACGCUGUUCUCUUGCCUGAUAGAGAUAAAGUGGAGAUCUUUGAAAGAUCCAACAAGAUGAAGAUCUUAGAAGAUCCUCAUAAAUGCUAAGGCAGAUCUUCAAAGAUCUUGUAAGGUUUUUCACACGGCAGGCUUUUUAUGGGGAUCAAGGGAUUCAGAAUAUAACAGAACUGGACACAAGAGGAGCUGCUGUGAAACAUUGACAACUCUGACAUGAAAGUCUUACACAAUUAUACUUUAAUACACAGCAAUGAAAAAACUUUUGUUUACACACAUUUGUUAACAACUGUACAAAAAUCCUUCUCAUAUAUUAAGUUAAUGCCUUAAAACACUAGGAUCUCUCAAUAAUAUAACUGCUUUAUGAAAUAUUUACAGCUA